CUCACAAGUGGUAUAUGAAAUCUUUUUAUACGUCGAUAGUCUCACUAGCUAACCAUCUUAUUGACGUACUCCUGUUGUUUGUGUAUGUGUGUAUAUGUGUGUGUGCUUGUGUGUUAACUAACAAGCCAUUUUGAGAUAUUUGCUUAAAUACACUGCAUACAACUUACCUAACCGAUCCAACUACAAAACCAAGUAUGAAAAUGAGCCUUUCAGUGCAUGUGUAUGUACGAAUGUAAUGCACAGUGUUGCGUAGAAUUUGUGCUGACGUACGUGUGUGUGCAUGUUUCUGAAAUAUUUGACUUUCCAAUGAAGCAUAAUUCAUAUAAAAAAUAGAUUAUACUAUCAUAAAUUUACUUAAAAUAUAUUUUCAUCAUCUACUUACUGGUUCAUCCAGUGAAUUCACUGUAACCAAGUUUAGAUAUUAAACCAUUUUUGUUUGUUUAAAUCCUCAAAUUUGCAAUUCAAAAUGGCCGUUGGUAAAGCUGUUGUAAAAAAUGCUGAUAUGGAGGCACCAAUGCAAGAAGAUGCUGUACAGACAGCUGCUGCAGCUAGAGAAAAAUAUGAAGUUGACAAAGAUAUUGCUACAUAUGUGAAACAACAUUUCGAUAGAAAAUAUGGACGUACAUGGCAUUGUAUAGUUGGCAAACAAUAUGGCAGUGAUGUAUCUCACGAAGAACGAUCCUUUAUUUACUUCUUCCUCGGUGAUCGAGCGAUUCUACUGUUCAAGUCAGGUUAACUGAAUAUGGAAGUUCAUUUCGAUAGUCUAUACAAGUGAUCAAUAAAUGUGAUAAUAUUUCAACAACAAUAAACCAACCUACUUACAUCACUGCCUAACUGUUAAUCUUCUUCGUUUAAUUUUUAUUUAACAAAAAAAUAAUACCCCCCAAAAACUAAAAAAAUUGAAAUAUCGAAGAAAUCAGUGUUCAUAGCUUUAUGUAUCUGAGCAAAACAUUUUUUCCACUUUUUUAGGCUCACAUUGUGUGAUGUGUGUGCGUAUUUCUGUGUAAUUCUGUUUGUAAGAGGUGAAUUUUUAAAAAAAACACAAAUAAAAUUAUCAAUAAAUUGUUUAAAUUAUACUCUUAAUCAUUACUUUUCUGUGACAGAGUCUAACAGUUUGAUCCCUAUAAAUAUUGAUCGCUCAGUGUAGGUGAUCCUAGUGACACACUCGAACUUUCCAUUUACAUUCUUUGGGAAUUUUCACUAAGUUAGAGGGACAAAAGUGUUAGUUUGUGCAUGAAAUCUUAA